AUGUCGUCUUCUAUGUCCCUGAGUGGGUACGCAGUGAUGAGCUCCGCAGCUUGGCGCAAAACGCUGAGCUACGGAUUGGAUGGAUCCACGACUUGCCAUGCCAAGCUGCAGGAGGCCAUCUACCAAGCUUGCCGCAUCAGCAGCCGCGCGCUCGAUGCAACCAUUUCUGACGGGAAGGUGCCGAGCAAAAAGCGUGAUCGUGGAGCGGAUGCCCAGCCAGUCAUGAAAGCACUUGUGAAGACGAAGUUCAUGGUCGUGUGCGUGGAGGUCAAGAAUGUGCAAAGCGCUCACGAGAGUGGAGCAUUUCGUUCAUCGUCAUCUGAGAGCUUCCACGUCCAACUUCGCAGCGAGCAUGUGCAAGCGAGCGUCUACAAAGCUUCCUUGUCAGCGGCGACGACGCAGUUGCCCGCCCAAGUCCCGGAGUCAACGUGCUGGACAUAUUAUUCAGCCGCAGACGGGGCGGUCCGGGACUUCUGCACACGGGUCAGCCGUCCAGGCGGGAAGCGCAAGGAUCUGGACAAGUGGGGAACGGCCUACAUGACGGACGUGACCACGGCUGCCGUGCUGGGCUUCGCGGCGGCUGCAGGGCGACAGUCUUCCGUGAGCUUGCUGGUCCAUCAUGUCCCGGGCACGGCGCCGCCAUCCAAUUUGAUGUUUUUCGCAGUGUGGCUGGGCAAACAGCCGCUUGCCGUGACGGGCACCGUUGCUGCUGAGAUGGUUGUCGUUGGGGGAGGCCCGAUGAUCAGCCUGGAGGCAUCGCUCCGACAGUGGCGUCAGGAAGGUCGCAUUGCUGAGGCGAAGGCGACAGAGGCUCAGGUGAAGCUGCUGAAGAAAGAGUUAGCGGAAGCUGAGAAUCUCUUGUCCCAGCAGAAAGCUGAUCUGGGUGAUUUGCCUUCCGAGUCCGGCACGCCUGCCGUCAUUGCUGCUUCAAGUUUUCAAGCUCCAAGUGACGAAGGUCAGGAGACAGAUGAUUCCGACUCGCAGGAAAGCAGUCGCCGCCGCACUGCCUGA